AUGGCUGUUCUAUAUUCGAUAAGAAUGCGAAUCCCAAGGCCGUUAGAGUUGUUGAGUGAUCUGGAGAAUGAGGUGGUCUUCUUCACCGAUGUUUUCAAACAUGGGCUUCGGCUGCCGUUGAGGCAUUCAGUGCAGAAGAUCCUGGCUCAGAUCGACUACGCCCUUGGACAGUUUAUCCUAACUUAUGGGCAGUUCUCCCACCUGUACAGCGUAAUGAGGGCGAAGAGCGCUGAUCAAGAGGGGUGGGUCGAGUCGAACUCUCUUUCGGCAGGUCAGUGUCGGCACUUCAUUGUCGAGGUGUCGAGCUCUCAGAAGACCUGGCGUCGACAUCGAGUGCUAGUGUCAGGCUCUUGGGAAUCGGCACCAGGAGUGAUUGUUGAGAGGCACAUCCCAACUACCUUUCAAACAAUCGUGUCCUUGAAACGGCCGACCGCAUCCAAGUGGGAGAUUGAGGCGAUCGAGCGUGUUCGGUCAAAGAUUGCCGAAGAAUAUCGUUUCUUCAAGAAUUUGUUGGGCUUCGUCAAUCUGUUCAAGGCUGGCUACGAGGAGGUGGCUAGAGUCGUGAGCUCCCUAGAAGAAGAAGGAUGGCCCUCCGAGGCUGAAGACAAAGCCACCACGUCAGGCCGAAGGGGCUUCGGAGGAGCAGGUGACUGUGGACGAGCGCCGCAGGGAGAAAAGGACGGUCGAAGUCUAGGCCGUCACGGAGGCCUACCUCUAAGUCACCGAGAAAAGGCAGCCAUCCUCAUUCUUGACGAUGAGGCGGAGGGCGAUGCCGAGCCUGUGAAUGUGGUGUGCCCUCGGAAGGUCAUGCCGUUUGUCAACUACAUGAUCGACAGGGCAGGGAUGAAGCUCUCGGAGCUGGAGCAGCUGCCCACCAAGACGAUGCGUGAGCAAGCAGGUCGAAGCUUCCGUCUUCAAGCUGCGAUAAGUAUUUUGUUUGCUGACAUGGAGAUGUGGCUCUACAUGAAGCGGGCCAUUGGUGUUGCCGAACGGCAUCAAAAGAAAGCUGAUGAGAGUCGAGCUAAGCUUGCUGAAGCUGGCAAGAUUAUUCAGGAUGCCGAUCGUCGUGCUGAUGAGAACACUGCGAAGAUUGCAGAGCUCUUCUCCAAGUUGGCCAAGGCUAAGAAGGCAGUAGUGGAUGCUUAG